GAGUUCAACUGUGAGGCUGGUGAAUGGAACCGACCGAUGUUCUGGUCGAGUGGAGGUUCUGCAUGAUGGUCAGUGGGGAACCGUGUGUGAUGAUGAUUGGGACAUCAAGGACGCUCAGGUGGUCUGCAGAGCCAUGGACUGUGGAACCGCUCAGACCGCCAAGUCCGGGCGCCUUCUUCGGUGAAGGUCAAGGAGACAUCUGGCUGGAUGACGUCAACUGUUUCGGAAAUGAGACGUCGCUGCAGCACUGCAGGAGGCCUUCGUUUGGAGAGAACAACUGUGGACACAGUGAGGAUGCUGGCGUGGUCUGUUCAGCCACCAUCAGACUGAUCAAUGUGGGACGGAUGAGUGUUCUGGUCGGGUCGAGCUGCACCACGGAGGACCACUGGGCAUCCGCCAGCAGCGUUAAUUGGGAAUGAAUGAAGCUACAGUGGUCUGGCAGGGAGAUGAACUGUGGAGACCCGGUGAAGGUGUCGGGUUUCUACGGUGCAGUGGAGACCAGAGAGGCUACCAGGUGAGCUGCAGUGGUAGAGAGACGUCACUGACGCUCUGAGCCUCCGAGAAUAUCCCUCCGGCAGCCACAUCCAGGAGGCAAUGCGGUCCAGUGUUCAGGUAGCGUAAAGUUGGCUGAUGGACCGAACCGCUGCGUGGGAAGAGUGGAGUUCUACAACAACGGCCGGUGGGGGACGAUUUGUGGAGAAUCCUGGGACAUCAAUGAUGCUACGGUGGUCUGCAGACAGCUGGACUGUGGAAGAGCUCAUAAGAUCACCACCAUGUCGGAGUACGGCCAGGGGACCGGGACCGUGUGGAUCGAUCAGAUCGAGUGUAACGGGAUGGAGUCCAGCCUGCCUCAGUGUCCUCAGAGACCCUUCACCGACAAGACCUGCAACACCUCCUCAGUGGCUGGAGUCACCUGCACAGGGAGCCUGGAGGUCCGGUUGGCCAACGGUAAGGACGAGUGCUCUGGUCGGGUGGAGGUCCGUCACGGUGACGUUUGGUCCACGGUGUGUGACGCUGGCUGGACAGUGGAUAAAGCCCAGGCGGUGUGUGAUCUCCUGGAGUGUGGACGGGCCGUGAACAUUCCCGGAACCUCUCAGUUCGGUCAGGGCAGCGGCUCGGUGGCCACGGCCGACGACUGUUUCAGCAACGCCACCUUCCUGCAGCAGUGUUCAUCCAGAGGGUUCAGAGCGGCAACGUGUGGACACCAACAGGACGCUGGAGCCAUCUGCGCAGCUCAGGUCCGGCUGGCCGGUGGCGCCACCCAGUGUUCUGGUCGGGUGGAGGUGUUCUAUAAGGGCCAGUGGGGAACGGUCUGUGAUGAUGAGUGGGAGCUGAGUGCAGCUGACGUGGUCUGCAGACAGCUGGGAUGUGGUCACGCCAUCUCCGCCCCCGGCAGCGCCCACUUCGGCCAGGGUUCUGGUCCCAUCUGGCUGGACAACGUGCAGUGUUCUGGCCAGGAGUCGGCGCUGUCCCACUGCACCCACCAGGGCUUUGGAGAACACAACUGUGGACACGGAGAGGAUUCCAGUGCCAUCUGUCUGGGUGCUCUGGCCAAGCCUGAGAUCACCUUAUAUCCAGCUCCGGAGGUCAACUGGGGUGAUAAGGUGGAGAUCACCUGCACUGUGGUCACUGAACAGCUGGGAGGAACCUUCAUCCUGAAGAAGCUCCAGGACUCAUUCCAGUUGGAGAAGUUCUCCAACCACGACACAGCCACCUUCACCUUCCCUGCAGUGGACUUCAACCAGAGAGGAUCGUACUUCUGUGAAUACCAGAAGAAACUUCCCACUCAGGUCAUCUACUAUCCUCAAGGAAACUCAGCUGACCUCUCCAUCACAGUGAAGCUGGAGAAGCCCACCAUCUCACUGUCUUCUCCUCAUGCCAUGGUGGUCUACAGCCCAGACAAGGUGUCUGUCACUCAGGGCAGCUCCUUCUCCGUCACCUGCUCCACCCACUCCAAGUAUCCUGGAGGGUUUUUCUACCUGACCCGGUCCAACAGAACCACCAUGGAGUCCAAGCCGACGUUCGCUCACUCCAUCUUCUAUCUGGCCUACUUCGAAUUCCCGUCCUUAGAGCCUGAACACCAGGGAGAAUAUACCUGCGUCUACGCCCUGAACAUCUCCUCGCUGUCCUUCUGCUCGGUUCCCUCCAAGUCUCUGCAAGUCACCGUGAUCUCUCCGUCGUCGUACUCGGUGGUCGGACCAGUUGUGUGUGUUCUGGUGGUUCUGGUUCUGCUGGUGGUUGGUUUCCUGGUGUGGAGGAGGAGAUGGAGAGGUUCUGGAGUCAUGGUUCAGUUCAGGAGCAGGUUUGAAGAAGCGAUGAAACGAGACAUGGAGGACAGAAGCAACGGAGCUCUGGAUGGAAGAGAACGCAGUAACCAGCUGUAUGAACCUGGACCGAGUCGCAGCUCCGUGGAGAAAGCUACUGAGGAGGACUCUGAGAACGGAGUGGACAGAGUUCCCGAAGACCUGGCUGGAAGAGUCUGCUACGAGCUGGAACCUCUAGUGGUCUCCUGAUGGAAACAUCCAGUCCUGACUAGACAGGUGUUCUUCAGCAAUUCCAGUCACGAAUGUGCUCUGAGCAGGAGGUUCUGGUUGAGUUCUGGCGGAGCUUUUAAGGUUGAAGUUUCCUCCAGGAGACGUGAUUGAGUUUCCUGAGCUUAGAGAACAUCCAACACCAGGUUGGAGGAGUUUCACAAAUAUCUGCAGCUGGAACAUCAGUUUUAUUCUUCUGCUGAUAGUUCCUCAACACUUUAACAGAAAUUAAAUUCUAAUCUUCAUCAUGUUCUGGAGAUGUUGCUCCUCUGAUCAGAUUCUCUUCACUUUAUUUGUGACUUUGGACCUGAAACUAAGUUCUGUCAAAUAUUUAGUCUGAAUCUAGAGAAUUUUAAACAUUUUAUGAAACACAUAAAGUUCAUCUCUGAACAUCUGAUGGAACCUGAAGAACACAAACUGGACAUGAAGACUGUUCUGGAGAUUCAAUAUUUUAAGAUAAGAGUUAAGAUAAACUUUCUGAAACUUCAGACUUUCUGGAGAGAACAAACCCAAAGAACCAAUAAAUGAAGAGAAUCACAGGAAACAGAUUCAGUCUGACCCAUGAAAUGAUUUUUAUUAUUUUAUUGAUGAUUAUUGGAUGUUUGUGAUGCUGAUCAAUAAAUCUAUUUCUUAUGUUUUUGA